CGACAGUCCAGACUCCAGUUUGGAUUUUAUAAGGGCUCGGUUCCGUCGCACCACCGCCGGUAGCUGCUGCUUAUAAACGCCGUCGUUAACGUCUUGUUAUUUUUGCGUCGUCGAACUAUUAAUUAUUAUUUAUUCACGUCCGCGUAAUCGUGCCGUCGAUAUUUAUUUAUUUAUUUAUUUAUUUAUUUAUUCAUCAAUUCAAAUAUAUCAUAUUUUUAAUAAGUAAAAAAAAACCGUGCAUUCCACGAAAUCAUCUAAUCAAACGUAAUAAUAAUAUAAUUAUUAGAGAACCGUUUCUAAUCGAUAACAUUAAUGGUGACUGUUUCCUACGGCGUUGAAUUCAACAAAACCGAGCGAUGCUAGUGCGGUUAUGGUUGGUGGUAUUAAUGGCCGAGUUGUUAACGGUGGUCGCCUUCAAACCGCUGGAGGCUAAUUUAACACGCGAUGGACCCUCAUCGAAACCAAUGAAUGUUGUACCUCACGAUUUUGAUCACAUUGUGCCAGUAACUAAAUCUCGAACAAAGUUUCACAUUUUGAUACCCCAAGACUCCGACCGGAAUCUGUCCGUGACCGUCACGCCGUCGUGCAACUCCAUGCUCAACUGGGACUUGAAAUUUAUACCUCUAACCAGAUUUAACCAAACAGUCGUCAUAUUAUGGAACAAUAAUAAAUCCAGUGAUAUAGGAAGGUUACUCAUAGAAUAUACGGGUGUAUCCAUACCCGUCACUUAUGAACACGGCAGGGCGAAUAGAGGUCUCUACGUAAUAUCAGCCCAGACAGCAACAGGUGACGAUUCAAAGGCUAUGUUUCAUGUUGGGCUCAAACAAAAAUCACAGAAUAAGCAAUUCGGUUUCCGUCCAAAUGGAAUAAAAAUCAAAAAAGGUGGUCAAAAAAUUUAUUUAAGAUGGAAUCUAAGCCAUAUAGAUCAUCAUUUAAUGAAGUACAGUCUUGUGAUCAGUUCAUCAAAAAUAUACUCGACGAUUUGUGAAGCUGAACAUCGUUUGGGAGAAAAACUAAAAACGAAUUUGACGUAUUAUGAGGAUGAUUUACGACCUGACGACAGAUUAGAGAUACAUCAUCUGGAACAUUCUACAAGCUAUACAAUGACUGAUUUAAUUUAUGAUGAAACGUACUAUUUCACUGUAUUUGUGUUCCAUGAUUCUCAUAUAGCCACACACCACGCCAACGCCACAUAUAAAUUUCAGAAGUCCAAACCCAUUGGACUAAAAGAUGCAAGGCCCAGAAUGAUCAACCUGAGGGCUCAAAAUGGAAAAGCAUCCUUCAGGUACAAGGUGGGAAAUAAUAGGCAGUUGGAAAAAGAUGUCCCUCCCAACACAUUAUAUUGGUACGUCAUGCCAUGCGAUGGAGUGGUAUACGUGGAAAUCCGUUGUCGAAAAAAGUUAUUAAUAAGCAAAAGAGUUUUUGGUUACGAGAAAUUCAUUAUAAACAACACUAUGAGUGGAGAAAGAUACGUGUUAAAAGUAGAAUCCGUAUCUGUUGACGAGACUCAACGCAUCAGAUCAAUUGAGGUAAUGGCCACCGUACGACCAACAAUGAUUCCAAUGCCAGACAUGCCAAACGAUCUAAGGAUCCAACAAUAUGUCGGACCAGAUGAUUGUAAAUCAGUGAAGAUCGGUUGGUUGUCAGCGAACUCAUUGACCGAUUUAAAAUAUUGCGUGUACGUACAGGAGAAUAAUAACAGCUUGGAUAGUGUAGAUUUUUCAGUUAAGCCAGAUCAAUGCAAAGUUCGGUACGGCAAAAGCAGGAGAAGCGAUGUUUCUAAUAAUUAUCGAACCAAAACUCGAUGUUACAUCGGCGAAAAAGGGAUAGUUUUAGUGGAAAAGAUACUUAAACUUAAACCGUCGACAACCUACACCAUUCAAGUGACAGUUACUAAACCAAGAGGAAGAACGUUAUCGUACGAUUUCCUAAAAUUGGACACAAACUCAUGUGGGCUUAACUAAAAGACUAUUUGUAUCACUUUUGCUGGAAAUCAACAAAAGCCAUCCAUCCAUCAUCAUUGACAAAAAUGUCACCGAUCGGUCGCAUUCGUUUCGUCAUCUUCUUCAUCCUGUAAAUUAUAAUCCUUCAUAGUAUUAUUACGUUUAAAUACUUUAUAUCGUAACUAUUUUGUAGAUUUUAUUAUUGUUACUAUUAAUUUUUAUUAUCUAUAUUUAUUGAAAAUAAAAUCGACUUCCAAGGAGUAUAGUGGUACUGUGACGUUAAAAAAUAAUAAUAAUGUAAAACUCAAAGGAAUGUGGAACGCCCCAUUAAGAAAACAUCUGGCGUAUUCGAAACGUCGACAGCUAGUUGGUACACACAGAAAAGUGAUUAAACAGGUACAAUUCGUUUAAAAAAUACCGAAAUAAAAAUAAAUUGAGUAGUUUAAGGGAGGUAAUAUAUAUAUAAAUAUAUUUGUAUACAUAUAUAAUAUAUAUAGUAUAUACAUAUUAAAACAUAAUAUACCAAUAAAGCGUUGAUGAGUUGGAAAAAGAAAACAUUAACAAUAGGUACCUUAAAGCAUAUUAUUAGGUACCAUGCUGAUAGGGUAAUCAUGUCAGAAAAUAUAUGCUUAAGGAAUUCGAGUCCAUUAAAUUUGGGGUACUGUUGCUACGUAGGGAACACUACACACAUUAUAUUAAGGGUUAGUGAACCCGAAGCGAGUGGUGAAGAAUAACCUUCGGUUAAUUUAAUGAGUUCCAGACUUUUUUCCCAGUUUUACAAGGGUUGGUUAUAAUAACAUCGACGGACUCACCUUUCAAUGGAACAGUUUAUAAUAUAGAAUAAAUCCCACAUGCAUUGUACCUUGUAUUCUUUUGUUAACAAUAUAUUAAACUGUACGCAUCUCAAAUUAUUUAUAAUUUGGUCAUUAUUAUAUAGUAUAUUUUAAUGUUUGGCAGUUACAUUUUCUUUCCUGUUAAAAUAAUAUCAUAUACAAUAUUAUCUAAUAAAUAAUUUCGACUAAAUUAUGGUUGUUAUAAGCACAUUUUUUUUAAUAUAAAACUAUACA